AUGGAUUUAUUUCUUACAUCAGCGAGGGAGGCGGACGAUAUGAAGUUGGUGAAUUUUGUUGCCAUGCAUGAUGCCAUUGCCGCAGCACGCACUUCGGAAGAAGGGAGGGAGUUGCUCGCUGCACUGAUGGAUGCCUACUACGCCGCUGACCGCCUCCAUGCGGUGUACCAGCCAGCACUCAUGAAGGCCAUUGGGUGUUGUCUCCGUCAUGCGGGGCCGUCCUCAAGUGAUAACGACGGCAUGAACCGCUGGCAACUUACGGCGGACGAUUACAUUCUUCUUGCCUUGUUUUUCAACGAGUUGUCAACGGUAGACGACACCAAACUCUUUUGUAUCUUUACUGAAGCCGUCACGCUAUUCUUUCAGCAGACCGUCCCCAUUGUGUACGGUGCUGUUGGUUACGAUUUGUCGGUUGAUGCGUCAACGGUGGAGUCGCUCUGCAGUGAACUGCAGACGUUGCGAGUCAUGAUGGCCAAACGUCUUGCGACCCUUCCCGCCGAUUCGUCUACGUGUGAAGGCAGUAUAGGUAUGCAGUUGGGUAUUAUCGACUGUCUGCGUACAUUGCUAUUAUCACUCAUGCAGGCAGCAGCAACGCGAGCCGAUACAAAAGACACGGUGACGGAAGCGCCUGGGAAAGAAGGAGAAGAUGUGAAUUUGGCGGUGCGGCAGGCGGUGGAGGGCAUUCUGUCACCACUGAGAACGGCGGUGGAUGCGGUUCGGUCAUCUGCCACUGGGGGGAGUAGCGAGAAAGCUUCCGCGUCCAUACGUCCGCAUGCAGGGACGACGGUCUCUCCGCUCGUGUUGACGAGCGCGUUGCGCGUGCUGGAGGAAAUUUUGUGGCGCUGCGCAUGCCACGUGACGCCUCACGAUGUUCUUGAGAAAAAAUUCGCAGAAACACCGCUUAUUGCUGCAGCGCGCCUUGCAGUGACGCGUGUUCUUGGCGCCCUCCAGCAAUAUUUGGUGCUGCAGCAGCAGCAUUCGAUGGAAUCUGCGGCCGGUUCUAUCGAGAAAAGCUCUCUCGCGGUUGAUGUGUUGCGCACGGCGGGGGUUCAAUGGGCAGUGCGGCGCCUGCUGUCGGUGGUGCGGCUACACCUACAUUUGUUUCCAUCGAUGGGGAACGCGGUUGUGGCGGCUCUUAACGCGUUUGGCGGGAGUAUGGAAAUGGAGGAUCCAUUUCAACUUAUGCGCAUGCGGCGUGAGUGUGAAACUGCACUGAACGAUGAAAAUAACAAUGAUGCUACUAACAAUAAUAACGGUAGUGGUAGUACUAAUACUAGUAUUAAGGACGCGGCCUGGAGGAAAGCGUGGGAGGUGGCGGCGAUGUCAUCAUCUUCCUCAUCCGACGCCUUUUCUUUGCGUCUUAGGGAAUGUGAGCAGAUUUUAGAAGCGCCGCAUGAGGAAACAACGGCGAACGACGGCGUCACCGCCGACCUUGGCGACCUCGACGACACGACACUCCUGCAGGGCGACGGCGGUGGUGGCGGUAGCAGAGAGGCCCUGUUGCAAAGCACCGUCGGCCCCGUGUCUGUGAAUGCGCUUGUGGAAAUGGUGCUUCUGAGCGUGCGUCAAAUGGACAUCAUGACGGAGCAGGCGAUCCAGGCCCUUCACACACAGGGGCUGGAGCGGAUGCAGUACGAAGCGGCAAAGCGGGCGCAGCGGGAGGAGAUCUUGCGACAACGUCGUAUUGAGCAGCAGGGAGUGGAAGGCAUUCCAGUAGGGCGGCUACUGGAGCACCUCAAGGAGAGCACGGCCCUGUACGCAAAGGGCACACAUCUGCUUGAGAGCGAGUCGGCACUAGCAAUGGUGCUGCGCUCGGCCUUUUUCUCACUCCUCGAUGCUUACGACGCAUUUUUAGAGGAGACGGAAAGUCGCGUGCUUGAGGCGCAGGCUCUCAUUGCGCGAGCACUGGUGCAACUUCCGCCGUCGAUGAUAGAUGCCGCAGUGGACGCUGUGUGUGUGCGUCUCCGCAAAGAAUUUUCCCGUCGCGCUCAUGACAAAAAGGCGCCUUUGCCACUUCAUUCGGCGUACCAACUCGCAAUGCAGGUGUUAUUUACGCUCUUUUCCUUACAGGCACCUGUGCUGGAGCGGGGCACAACCGCCUUUGCGUUUUUGACUGCCACGAACUCCAUGACAGAGGCGGAAUUACAACUCCCGGGCUCUUCCAUGAAGUUGCGGUCUCACGCUGCCUUUACGAUUGACACCGAGAACCCCGUGGAGUGGCUGCAAUCCACGACGCAUGAUGCUGCUGGUGGGUUGAAUAACCGCAAACGUCUGCGGGACGAGGAGACGACGGUACAGAUGAAAGAUGAGGAAACUGGAGAGGAAGGGGUAGAAAACGGCGUGUCGCACUUUUUUCGUGAGGAUACAACGCAGUCACCGUGUAUAUACAGCUACUUCCUCUGUCGUGUUGUGGAGUUAGUGACGGAGGCGGAACUACCGGCACUUCUUCUUGACGUCCUGCUACAAUGUCCCUGCAUCACCCGCUACGUUUGGCAUUACAUACAUAAACAGUACUGCCUCUCUACAGAAAAGUCACGUUGUCUGUUGGGCAUGUGGCUUCUCAAAAGCCUUGCACUUAAGCGGACGGUGUAUCGUCGCUACGCCGUGAACAGCCUUUUGCAUCUGGCCGCUGCGCGCAAUGAGUACCAGCGACGACUCGCCGUGACAAAGCUUGGCGAGCUUCUAUCCGCUACAGGAGCGGACGGUCGCCGUGUCAUUGACACGAAUGCAGAGACACUGCUGGUUCGUUACGCCAAGCGGCAAAUGGCAGCCAUACCUGUCACGAAGCUUCCUUCCUCAACGACAUUGAUUGCUGCUGCAGUAAACCCUGUGGCGAAAAUGGAGGGUGCAAACACGAGCCACGAUGAAGGCGGCACCGCCUUCCUCCGCGAUAAGGAAAUGCGGAAGCUUGCAGACGCGUUGGAUCGCCAUCUUGGCCCUUUCCUUAUGUUAUGUGCACGUCAGCCCAAAGAACUCUUCCCUGCGCUGCUCGCCGUUUUCAAGGAAUGUGUGGAGCGUCAAAAUGAAGCCAUGAUGCAUCUCCUUGCGGAGCAUGUGGAUGUGCGCCGUAUGUGUCAACGUCUAUUCCGGGUGGAUGCGAUGUCGUUUAUGUCCAACGUGAUGCCGUACCUUCGCCGGCACAGUAGCGAUGCCACUGUGCUGGUACAGAAGAUACUGUGGGCUGUUUGUUCAGAGUUGCGGGCGAUGGGACAGGCGACUGAGUCAUCGGCAUCACAGCUGGAGCAGACUGCCUUGGCGUUGCUGGGGCACGCACGGGUAAUGUACGAGAGCAGUGAGAUCCCACAAAUGUACCAUCCCUCUUCCUCUGCCGGUGGUGUAGGAGAUGCCACGGUGCCUCUACACGAUGUGCGGUUUAUUUCUCCCUUUUUCAGUCUUAUUAGUGCGGAGGAACUGAGGCGAACUUAUCUUCGUUCAUUCUUACACUUUGUGCAGCUGCAGCUUCAGUUCCAGCUUCAGCAACAGCAACAGUUGGGUUCCGAUGCGGGAAUGAAUGCGACUGCAGAAGUAACACGAAUGAAUAGUGAAGAACUGGACGCAUUUAUUCGAGACGUUGUGAGAGAGGUUCUUGUGCGUUCGCCCGUGCACUUCUCCGAUGGUAUUGCUCGUGGUCUUUCACGAACAGACCUUCUUGUCUACUUGCACUCCGCCUCACACGAGUCACAUGCUGCGGAUUCUCAAGUGGCGGCGGGCAAAAAUUCAACGUUGUCUGCAAGCGCGGGACGAGAAGAAUUACGCGGUAUUUUGGGUGCCGGCUUUUCUUCCACGGCAGCUACAGAGGAGGCUGCAGGACCGAAGCCAAUAGCAGAAUAUCUUACCAUUAGUCCGCUCACAACGAAAAGGGUCAUUGCCGUGCUCUUGAAACUUACACGAACCUUUGAUGGCACCACGACAGAGUUUUUGUACGGACCCGAGGAAAUUAAGAGCGCGGUGCGUCAAGUGAUGCAACAGCUUGGCGGUGGUGGUGGCAGUGGCAGCGGCAGCAGCGGUAUUAUUAGCAAUGUGUCGUCUGUUCCCCCGCAGCUGAUGGUAACUUUGAUCCUUGCUUGCAAAAUCCACGCCCAACGGCCACACGCGGACCUUGUUCGCUUUGUCCAUCAUGUGGUGCUUUUGCCGCUUGCGAAGGAUGCCACGUGGGAGAAGGACACGAAGCUCUGGCGUGGUGUCUUGUUGUUUGCGGAGGAGCACUACCGGGAGUGCAGCAGCUUUCUUGUUAACUUGCCGGAGAAGGUGCUCAUUCAGGCAUUGCGCAGCCAACCCCAGCUUCGCGAGUACUUCAGGGAGGAGCAUGGCAAUAACGCCGCCUUUGGCCACAUUCUGGGAAGUUUGUAA